GAGAAGCAGCGGCAGCCUGCCGACACCGAGCCGACACUGAACCGACCCCGAACCGAGCCUGACUUCCAGCGGAAUGGCGGCGGAGCGGCUGCCGACGGACCGGAGCUCAGCUGCUGUUCCCCGGCCUUGAACCCGUCAACGACAGCCGCUGGAGCCGCUGGAGUCCCGGAGCUGCGGAGCCUGGAGGAGCGGCGGGUGGAGCUGCAGCCUGCCGGGCCGAGCCGUGCUGAGCCGAGCCGAGCCGAGCCGUCGUCGUCCCCCGCCCUGCUGACGAUGCUCAGCUCGCUGCAGGACUGAAGCCUCGACUGCACCGCACCCUGAAACCAGACCCGAUCUCCCCCCUGUCCCCCCUUCAGUGUCCCCGCAGGCUGCAGCAUGGAGCGCUCCGGCAGCAUCCAGCUGGACAUCCCGGACUUCAGUAACUCGGUUCUGAAUCACCUGAACCAGCUGCGUGUUCAGGGCCGUCUCUGCGACAUCGUGGUCAACGUGCAGGGUCAGAGCUUCAGGGCGCACAAGGUGGUCCUCGCCGCCAGCUCGCCGUACUUCCGGGACCACAUGUCUCUGGGCCAGAUGAGCACCGUGUCGCUAACGGUGAUCCGCAACCCGUCGGUGUUUGAGCAGCUGCUGUCCUUCUGCUACACGGGCCGCCUCUGCCUGCAGCUCGCCGACAUCAUCAGCUACCUGACGGCCGCCAGCUUCCUGCAGAUGCAGCACAUCAUCGACCGCUGCACGCAGAUCCUGGAGGGCAUCCACCUGAAGAUCAGCCUGGCCGACCUGGACGAGGAGCCCCGGGAGGAGGAGGCGGGGCGGGGCUCCAGGAGCAGCAGGACCCUGGAGGCCGUGGUGCGAGCCGGCGGACAUCACGCCAGCCUGCGUCUGCUCAGCGCGCGGAGCGGGGCGGAGGUGUGCGAGGCGAUCAGCCCCGCCGAGGAGCCGCUCAGCCCGCCGCCGACGGUGGAGCACAGCGGGCUGGAGGGGCCCGGGUCCGCCUCGGGCAGGGCGAGCAAAGAGCCGAUCCUUCGCAUCAACCGGGCCGGGCAGUGGUACGUGGAGACGAGCAGCGACCCGGAGCGGACCGGCAGCGCCGAGGAGGGCGGCGGCAUGGAGCGAGUGCGGAUCAAGACGGAGAGGAUGGAGGAGUGGAUCGGCGCCGGGGAGCACCAGGAGGAGGGGGGGCCGGUGGAGGAGGGGACCACGGUGAUGAUCGACACGUCGGGACGCAGCACGCUGGUGACGGGGCCGGUGGGGACGAUGGCGACCCGCAGCGCCCAGCCGUCCUCCAGCUUCAGCGAGACGGACAGGUUCAGUCCCACCGGCAGCGUGGUCGUCCUGGCAGAGCGUCAGAGAGCGAAGAGCGAGUCUCCCAGCAGGGCGGACGAGCUGCGACAGCCGAGCUCACAGGGGGAGGAGCAUGCAGCGUUUGACAUGGGGGGCUACGAGGACUACCUGAGGGAGCAGGUGGGGGACCGCUGGUUCCGCUACAACCCCCGGCUCACCUGCAUCUACUGCUGCAAGUCCUUCAAUCAGAAGGGCAGCCUGGACCGCCACAUGCGCCUGCACAUGGGCAUCACGCCGUUCGUGUGCCGCAUCUGCGGGAAGAAGUACACCCGCAAGGACCAGCUGGAGUACCACAUCCGCAAGCACACCGGCAACAAGCCCUUCCACUGCCACGUCUGCGGCAAGAGCUUCCCCUUCCAGGCCAUCCUCAACCAGCACUUCCGCAAGAACCACCCGGGCUGCGCGCCGCAGGAGGCCCACAGCGCCUCCCCCGAGACCACCACCGCCUCCGUCACGUCCAGGGGGGGCCCCAGCGACGAGGCCUCCCCCAGCCAGGAGGAGCCCGAGGGUGGGGGGAGCAGCGGAGGUGCAGGCCAGUACAGCGAGGGACCCCAGGCGUCGGUCUCCACCACGGGGCCCGACUGACCCCGAUGGAGGGAGCCGGGGAGGGCGGAGCCUGGGGCGGGGGGUGACGGACGUGGUCCUGUUGCACCUGAAGCCAACAGGGCGCUGAAACCCAAGCAGCGACAGAAAAGACGCCUCAGAGUCUGAACUGAGAUUUUUCCGCUUUAAACCGCAUCUACCUUCACUAACCAAACCGAACAGAUUAAGCUAAGAUGAAGAAAUGCCACACACUCCAACAACCUCAUACACCACACGAUGGCGUGGUUCUCGUUUGCCUCCGUCUAGUUUAUGUUACAGAUUUCUACUUUUAUAUUUACAGGUUUUACAGGUUCACAAUGCAGCAACACAACAGUCUGUCUGGUGGAAACUUUGCCAAACUACUCAGUGCCAGUUUAACAGUUCAAGUCCUUCAUUUUUGCCUUGAGACAAUCUGGAGCAGCUGGUUUAAUAAUAAUAAUCCUGCGCGCUCUUCAAAGUGCCACGUCGGCAGAAAAACGUGUCGUUGCACAAAAAAGGUUCAAUGAGAAAAAACUGCGACUGUUAAAGUUCCAGUGUGAUCAAAGUUUCUCAUCUUUUUGUGACGCUAAAACAAAUUUAAUAUCUCAGUUUGUAAAACUGAACACAUGGAAACAUGAUUAGUUUUCAGUAUUGUAGAGUAAAUUAAUCAUAAAAUGUAAGAAAAUACACUCUAAAACCUGAAGAUAUUCACUUUACUGUCACAUAAGAUACUAGAAUCAGUAAUCGGAGUAACUCAAAAUUAGUAAUCGUGAUUAAAAUAUUUUCUCAACAAAGUUUAUUUCAGAUUUUGUCACUUUUGCUAUUUACUCUUGAUUCCUUAACUUUGCCUUCAAAUGCAGAAAAGGCCAAAUCAGUCACUAUUUAUUGUGCCACACAAUAUAAACAUAUAGAGCAUUAAAUAAUUGUUCUAAUGUGAAAGGAGAUCAGCAGUUUGAAGGUGAAAUGUGCCAAACUGACCAACUAAAUCUGCUGGAAAAAACCUCCUAAAAUACACAAAAUAAUCUGUAAAUUAUAGAUAUUAAAUUAAUUACAAUAGAAAUUGGAAGCAGAAUAAUUAUUGUAGGUUUUCUAAAUGAGCAUCUUUUAUCAUCUGCACUAAAUAUGUUAAAAUCAGGGUGCACUUGGCUUUUCCCGGAGCUUUUGACUGCACGCCAUGGCCUUCUCCAUCAAAUCAAACCUGCUCAGGUGUCAUCAGGUGCCCUCAGUACAGGACUCGGGUCCCUUGGUAACAGGUGGUCGUACGAGGGGGGGCAUUACAAUCCUGGUCCAUGCCUACGGACGGCCCCCCUCAGCCCCACCGAUACCUCACCGCCUGUUCAACAAACCCCGGAGGAAGAUCAGGGGGGUGCACGCGAAAGCUCCGGGAAUAAAAAGAAACAGGUGACGAACUCUGAUCACACUGGAUUAGUUAAUUUGGCUGUAAAAUAAAUUCUUCAGAUUAACGAUAACAAUGAAGUGAGUUUUUAAAGAAUCUGGUAGGUGAGAAAGGACCAUCUGGCAGCCUGUUGACCGAACGGACUCACAGCAGGAAAACUGGACGGCGUCCAGCCUCAGAUAAGCUACACAGCUCAGUUACCUCUCAUCACUACGCAAUACAGCUGCUGCACUGCACAGCACAGCACCACCGGGGGGCGCUCUGAUACACUCACACCUCCUUCAGUCUUCUCAGAUAUUUUUAUAAACAAAGCAUGUGUUUUUUUUGUUUUGUUUUUAUGUUUUUUCUUGGACACUUUUUUGCUCUGACAAUGCGUGACGGACAACAGAAGGGUCAUGUUGGAGGAGACGACCCGAUCAGAAACCCGUGUUUCUUAAUGACGCAAUUAAUCUGCUGCACGCCGAUAAGUAGACGGAGGAUUAAUGCGUUUAAUUAGGGCAGAAAACAGAAAAACACAGCUUGCUUACAAGCAUAUCAUCAAAAUUUGCAAACUAAUUGUAUGCUUAGUUAUUGUGCAGUGGUGCUAAGAGACUUAAUGUUGGUGACAUAGUAAGCUACUUUUAGGCAUUUAAGAAAAUUACAAUUAGCUUGCAAGCUAACUCAGCUAACACAGAAAAGUUAUAAUUAGUUCAACACCACCUGAACAUUAGUUCUUUGGAUAACAGGCUAACCCCUGUGAGCUGGUUAGUUAACAUUAAUUAACUGUUGAUUAUUUGAUUUUAGUUGGUUUUAUUUUUUCAUAGGCAGGCACAGAAAAUUAACAUUAGCUCACAAGCUAGCUGAUUUGCUGACUCAUCAUAUACACAUUGUACUAUACUGGUUCAGAACAACUUUAAUUAAUUAAUUCAGUUAUCCUGAUAUAAUUUACAAAUGUGAACUAGUUAUCUGAUAUUGACUCUUAACUUUAAAUGGCAUCGGUUUUGCUGAAGCAGAUACAAAGUUUAAACAUUAGCUAGGUAUUUUUUGCUGCCUCAUUGUGUACAAUUUUUACUGCUCUUGUACCGGAUAGUUAUAAUUCGUUCAACACCACAAAUGUUGGUUAUAUCCUUAAAAAAGCUAACAUUUAUAAGCUGAUUCUUAAAUGUGAAUUAACUGUUGAUUUUUAUUUUUUCAUGGGCAGGCACAGAAAAUUAACAUUAGCUCACAAGCUAACUGAUUUAUGCUGACUCAUCGUGUACACGUUGUACUCUACAACUUCAGAAAAACUGUAAUUAAUUCAAUUAUCCUGAUAUAAUUUACAACUGUGAGCUAGUUAUCUGAUAUUGACUCUUAACUUAAGUUGAUGUCAGUAUUUCUGAAACAGACACAAAGUCAAAAAUCCUCAUAAGCUAACGUUCGCUAGCUAUUUUUGCUGCCUCAUUGUGUACAAAUUUUACUACUCUAGUACCAAAUACUUAGAAUUUGUUCAACACCACAAAUGCUAGGUAUAUCCUUAAAAAAGCUAACAUUUAUAAGCUUAUUCUUAAAUGUGAAUUAACUGUUGAUUUUUUAUUUUUUUUCAUAGGCAGGCACAGAAAAUUAACAUUAGCUCACAAGCUAACUGACUUUUGCUGACUAAUCGUUUACACGUUGUACUCUACAACUUCAGAAAAACUGUAAUUAAUUCAAUGAUCCUGAUGUAAUUUACAACUGUGAGCAAGUUAUCUGAUAUUGACUCUUAACUUUAAAUGGCAUCAGUUUUCCUGAAGCAGACAUAAAGUAAAAAAUCCUCAUUAGCUAACGUUAGCUAGCUAUUUUUUGCUGCCUCAUUGUGUACAAAUUUUACUACUCUAGUACCGAAUAGCUAUAAUUCAUUCAACACCACAAAUGUUAGUUAUAUCCAUAAAUAAGCUAACAUUUAUAAGCUGAUUCUUAAAUGUAAAUCAACCAUUGAUUAUUUUAUUUUAGUUAUUUUUAUCCAGGAAGACAGAAAAAGAUCAGCUAACAGGCUAACAGAUUCUUUUUUGCUUCUCACAUACAGUUUUUAUUCCAUUGGGUUUGAGUUAUUCAUGACUCUUAAACUUCCUUUCCUAAAACAGCUAAUAUUUGAUUAUAUAACAUUAAUUUUCUGGCAGCAGACACGCAGAAAGUUACCGUUAGCUAACACACAGACCUUUCUUUCUGUAGGACCUAACAGUUGUCAGAGAGUUAGCUUCUUUUUAAGCUGUUCUUUACCAACAUUAAUGUUUCUGAGGCAAAUACACAGAAAAUCAACGUUCAUAUGUUAGUUGUUAUUUACAGAUUAAUCGAGACAAAGUUCUCCAGAAAUACAGAACAGUUGUAAUAAGUCCUAAAAAUUUGUUUAUUGCUUGUUAAUAAAAUGUUGAUUAUUAUUUUAGUUCAGAACCAGAAUGCUGUAUGUUAGCUAAUAUACUAUAUAUACAAUAAUAUGCUAAUGUUAGCUUGCAAGCUAAAUAUAGUUUGCCAAUGUUAGUUUGCUGACAGACUUUACUCUAUGGAGGCUUUUAUGAAAGCUGAAAUGUUUUGAGGACGAAUAGUGUUUCUGAAGGUUUCAGUUUCAUCUCUGUGUGUGCAGCACAAAGGUAGAUUUAGCCUAGCUUAGCACAAAGACUGGAAGCACGGGAAAGCUACUAGCCUAGCUCUACGCUAUGAUAUAUUAACUCGGGUUGUGCUCGUAAAUAUAGUCACUCUAAGUGCAAAAAAACUGGACUGUUUGUAGAUUCGGAGCGCGGUUAUUCAGAGCGACACUCUCUGAGCGGCAGAGUAACUUUAACGUUUGUUAAUUUCUAUAGAAAUAUAACACUAUUUCAAAUUUCGUUACAAACGCACACGCUCUCUAGAUAAGUUAGCUUGCAGUUAGCUGAUGUUAGUGAACAUUGUUGAAAUAUUGUUCUACUGCUUUUAUUUUCGUCGUCUUUGUACCGAGUGCAGUUGUGCAGUAGAGGUAAUGCGUCAUUACGACAGGCGGUUCUGAUCGGGUCCCUGUAGCGACAGGACGAGGAGCCAGACCCUGUCAGACCAGAUGGAUGUAGUAGCCAGGCGAUGGAGCUGGACUAAAAUAGAAACCCUCCAGAGGUCACAGUUCACCUAUCGGAGAGGAGGGAACAGGUCGGACCACCUGGCAACCAAAGGAAAGACGACGUGGCCGCGUUGGCCCUCCAAAACAACUUGAGCACUUAUCAGAGAAAGAGAGACGGGAUCAAAAGCAGAACUUUUAUAGAAACAGAACAAUAUAAAAUCACAUAUUAUCAGACAUAUUUAAACUACUAAGAUGUUUUUUUUUGCUUAUGAAUAAUGUAAGUGAGGAGUUGAAUCCAGAUGUUUGGCAGGUCGGCAGGUAGCACAUGGAUCGGCUGUUACUGUUUUUCUACAGAGCUGUGAAUCAGAUUCUCAGUGGACGGUAAAUUUUUUAUGCAAGUGAAGCCAGCGGCUCUGUCCUCACUCCGGCUGGCUGGACCCGAGUGUUCCUCCCAGAUCCCGCCGCCGCCGCCGCACUCACUCUUCAGGCUAAACCAGGAACUAUCAGGUAUACAGACUCUCUUUUAUUCAGUGAAUCGGACGUUUACCUUUCCCUACGUAGCAGAACGCUAACGGCUAAACCUCAGUGCGAGCUACACGCCGCAGAAAUAAAACUCACCUGUAAAUAAACUCAACAGAAGCAGGUAAGAAAUCCCUGCGAGUCACUGCAGAGGACAACAAAAACACUCCGACACAGGGCUGGGCAGCAUCGAAUCAAACAGAAUAUACUGCUUUCUGAUUGGCUGGCAGGUUAUCUUCAUCAGUCAGGAAUUUUUUUAAAUAACGCAUUUGGCUUAGAUUCUCUAAUAUAAACCCAACACUGCAGGUAUUAUUUACAGAACUCUAUAAAUUUUAGUUUGUUGUGCACAAAUUUUGACUUACAAUUAUUAGUAUAAUUUGUCGUCCAUCCUCAUAAAACCUGGUUUAUGUUUGUAAAUAUUACAGAAAACGUGCAUAACUACAGUAUAUCUGUUUCACUCAAGGCAGCUGAAUAGUUUGCACACCGUGAUUUAUACAGAAAUAUUAUUAAACUUGGAGACUAAGCUGUGUGUUGCUGACCUCUCUGGUUCUCAGCACCUGUAACAGUGAUGUCACAAUUCACCUGUACAUGACCGCAGGUGAGACGUUAAACCACCGGAGGCAGCAAGACAGUUUGUGUUUGGAUGUUUUGAGCCGAGCUGUAGUGAAUCUGACAGUUAGUGAUCAAGAUAACAAGUCAAAAAGAUAUUUAAUUUAGCCAUUUGGAUUAAAUUAAAUUAUCUUUUGGCUCAUGUUCAGAUUAAUUAGAUGAUAAAUGUGUCACAUUACUUUAAUAUAACGUUUUAUUAGCAUGAUUUUACAAUUUAAUAAGUAAUCUCCACAACAAGAACUUGUUUGUGAGCUUAGUGUUUAAUUGCCAUUUUAUUUCUCUUAUAACCAUCAUUUCUCAUUAUUCAAUAACUUUUUAAAAUGUCAGAAAUAACCACAAAUGUCCUCCAGAGGAGAAUAAAACUUCUGAAUGAUCAUUAAAAAUACAGUUCUGAAAUAAUUAUCUUGUCACAAAAUUAAUAUUUUCUGGAUUCAUUACCGUGUAAACGCUGCUCAGCUGCCUUAUGUUGAUAAACCAGACUAUACCAGAAAUAGAAGGACAUUUUGAAGCACAUUUUUAGAUAUUCUAGAGAAAUAAAUCUGGCUUCAUACUUAAGACAAGAAAUUCCUUAAUUGAUCCCCAUGGGGGAAAUUAUACAAGUAUCCUGACUUGUAUCGUUAACUAACGAGGUGAAAGUAUGCCUCAGGAUUAUUAAGAUAAAUCAUAAAAAGAUGAAAUGUUGCCCAGCUCUGACAGAAACACAAACACGUUGGUCCUGCAGGAACAAACAGACUAACUCAGUGCAGCAAAGAGAAGAAAAGAUUAACGCAUUAAUCCAAAUUACAUCUGAAAGUCUUUUCAGCUGCUGAUCAAAUUAUGCAAGAAAUUGUAAGUUAACUUUGGUCACCAGUAACAUCUGAACAGUAUUUGUCACGUUAGACACUAAACAGAUUAAACUAAAACUUCCUAAACCGGUCUGAACUGGUCCAGACCGGGUCAUGCCUCAGUUUCUCCUCUCUGCACUGACUGUAGUGACUUUUUGUUUUCAAUGAUCAGCAUCAUCAUCAUCAUUUCAAGCCAGUUUAAGUCUAGAAAACGCUGCUUCCAGAACAGCCAGUCCGGUUCAGUCCGAUCCGGUUCAGUCCGGUCGGUCCCGUUUGGAGAAUCUGUAAAGAAGGAAAAGUCGGAUUGGGGUUACGGUCUGAGUUCAGGACUCUACAUGAACUGUCGUGUGUUUAAACCUAAACACAAUUACACUUACUGUGAUUACAAUCAUUAAAAAUAUAAAAUCAUUCGUCUUCAAAUCCAUGAAGUUCAAACAUAAGCAGGUGAAUCACGCUUAUCUCAGCUUUCCAUAUAAUUGUAGCUUUGAUAACGUUCAGAUAAAUGUUUAUGUAAAUAAACGUGUGAACAAAGUUCAGACAAGACACAGCAGUUUUAAGACAUCUGCAGUUUCAAAUACAGGGGAAAAGGGACGUGUAAACAUCAGAUUUAUGUCGUUUUUCUAACAUCAACCUCUGAUUGUAGUGGUAUCUCCUGUGGAGUACCACAGGGCUCUGUAUGAGGACCACUGCUGUUUUCUUCAUUUGCUCCAACUUUGCAACAUCCUUAGUGAAAAAAAAAUCCUCU